AUGGAAUAUAACAAAUUUUAAACACGUGUGAAAUGGAUGAUUGACACGUUUUAUUAGUUUACUCUUCAGAUGAAACUGUCAGUUAAAAUAGGAUUUAUAAAAUGUAUUGUGUUUUAGUAAAUCGAAAGAAUGUAAUUAGUUGUAUCGAUAAAAUCCCUUUAUUUCUCAAGUUUUAUAACUUUCACAUUAAAAUCAGAUUUAUCCAUAAAGCAUGUCCACCUUGGAAAGUAGCUUUUUAUGGAAGUGACAGUUUCUCGUUGGAAACUUUGAAAGUUCUGAAUGGAAACAGAUUGGGAGCAAACAAACCACAUGUUGUAGAAAGUUUAGAUGUGAUUUGCCCCUUGGGAAAGAAUAUUAUAAACAAAUAUGCCACUGAAGCCAAGCUAAAUAUAAAAUAUUGGCCUUACGUAUUGCCAGAAGGAGUUUAUCAUGUUGGAGUAGUAGUAUCAUUUGGACAUUUAAUUCAGACCAAAUCAAUUAAUGCAUGUACUUAUGGAAUAAUAAAUGCACACCCUAGUCUGUUGCCAAGAUGGAGAGGAGCAGCACCUAUAGUCCACACAAUUUUGAAUGGAGAUGAGAUGACAGGAAUUACCAUUUUGCAAGUUUCACCAAAUAAAUUUGAUAGAGGGAAGAUUUUACUUCAAGAAAUAUUUCCAGUCGUUCCCAAUUCUACUUCAAGUAGUUUACAUUCAGAACUCAGCAGGAAAGCUGCAGAAAUGGUGAUUCAAGCUCUCUGUGAUCUACCAGAUUUAUUAAGAGAUUCAAAACCUCAGCAAGAAAAUGGAAACACACAUGCUUUUAAGAUACAUGAUUCAAUGGGUAAUUUGAAUUGGGACCAAAUGACUUGUCAGGAUAUCAGUAGGCAUUAUCAUGCCCUAAGUGAUUUUAUUGCAUUGGUUUCAAAAUGGAAAGGUAAUACCAUAAAAUUUAAAGAAUUUGUUGAUGUAAAUCUGGAGCAGUCCAUUCAUCAAAAUGUCUCUCCUGGAUUUUGUUAUUUUGAUAAAAAUUUGAAAGUUCUUGCCAUCAAAUGCAAGGAUGGUUGGGUAGGAUUUAAAUCCAUUCAACUGUUUGGAAAAAAAACAAUGAGUGCUUCAGACUUUCAUAAUGGAUUUCUAUCAAAAAUAGAAGAAAAAUACUGCAAACUGGUGAUAUCCAUUUACUAUGUCAUUAAUUUGAGCUUAUAACCACGCAUUGAGCAUGAC